AUGGCUUGCUUGGUGCUCCCUAUAGAAAAGGUCCUGAUUGUCACGGCCGACUCUAGGAUUCUCGUCGGGACACUAUCGGCAUGCGACCACUCGACGAACCUGGUCCUCAACCAGGCUACCGAGCGCAUCAUUCGCGAACAAGACGAUGACGAGGAGUCCACAAUCAUCCCGCUGGGACUUUACCUCGUGCGCGGAGACAACGUCUGCUCCGUGGGCUUGGUGGACGAGAAGCUCGACGAUAGUAUAAACUGGACAAAGGUCAAGGGCUCGGCCAUAGGGGGCGUGAAGCACGUAUGA